CGGGCAGGCCCGGCCCCAACCCCCGACGCCAGGGCCGCCAUCCCCGCCCCGCGGGCGGAGCCGGAAGGGGCAGCGCGGAGCGGCGCGGCGCGGAGCGGCCAUGGCGCCCAAGGGGAAGGCGGGCACCAAGGGCAAGAAGCAGAUCUUCGAGGAGAACCGCGAGACGCUGCGCUUCUACCUCCGCAUCAUCCUCGGGGCCUCCGCCGUGUACGCCGUGGUCAAUCUCGUCGUGUUCUACUCCGCCGCCUCCGCCUGGACGUGGCUGGCGUUCGCCUUCAGCUCGGCGGUGUACGGAGCCAGCUACCGCUCCAUGAGCUCCAUGGCCAGGCCGUCGUUCGCGGACGACGGCAGCCUCGCCGACGGCGGGAUCGACCUGAACAUGGAGCAGGGGAUGGCAGAGCACCUCAAGGAUGUGAUCCUGCUGACAGCGAUGGUGCAGGUGCUGAGCUGCUUCUCACUCUACGUCUGGUACUUCUGGCUCUUGGCUCCGGGGCGCGCUCUCUACCUCCUGUGGGUGAACAUCCUGGGGCCCUGGUUUACAGCCGAAUCUUCAGCCCCCAGUCAGGAGCCAAACGAGAAGAAGCAACGCCGCCAGGAACGCCGCCAGAUGAAGCGCUUCUAGCCCUGGCUGGGGAGAUAGGUUAACGCUGUCUCUCAUUUCCAUGCUGUUAUCUCAUCAGGGAUGCGACUGAAGCCAAAUCAGAAAGCAUCGCAGUACCUAUGUUGCCCUCUGUCAUUGCUGCCAUUCCACGAUGAAGGCUGCAAGAGACUUCCCUUGGUUGGUUCUUCGUGCCAGUCGAGGCCUUGCUCCUCGUGAUGACAAGUAGGGGGUUAUGCUGGGAUGUGUGUAAAUAACCUUUCUAAAGCAGUGCUGUAUCGCAUUCAAAGGUGGGGAUUGCAAUGCUGGAGGAAAUAUUAUAUUAAAGAGCAGAGUCUAAUUGGC